AUGGUUAAUAUAAUUUUAAAUGAAAAUUAUAUGGUUAUAUCGUAUACACAAUCCAAGUUGACAUUAGUAGCUAUUAAUAGAUCAUCGGUUGGCGGCGGCGGCGGCAUCGGUAGCGGUAGCCGUGGCGGCAACGAUAAGACCAAGAAGUCAAAGCAAAAGUCGAAGAUGAAGAUGAAGACCGCGACAGCGACAACAACAACAAAGUUUAGACUAACCAACAAAAACACUGAGAUAUCGACCAUUGAUCUCGAGUGUGGCGUUGGUGGUGGUAGUAGUAAUGGUGGUGCCAACAGUCGGCGUGUCGACCGUAAUCUAAUAGUCAGCCAAAGUGGCCAUCAGUUAAUUGUUUGGUGGCAAUCGGCCAUCAAUUGUGUUGGUCCAUGGUCGGCACCCAGAGCCAAUACCCGCCAAUUGGCUAACGUACUCGUCUAUAGUGUAUCAUUGGAUACAACUACUACCCGUAAACUUAAUUACAUAUCCUAUGCUUAUAUUUCUGGUCAUAUAUUUCAGAUAUUGUUGUCGACAAUGGAUGAAAAUCAAGUGAUACUUCUACAGCAAUCAUCUCAUAGCCAAACAGUUGUCAAUUACAGUCUAUACGAAAUAAAUGAAUCGAUUGAAUGUCUUCAGCAAAUCUAUUCAAUACGUAUACCACUAUUGAAAUGUUGCCUAAAAGCUCAACUAACCCAAGCAUUAGAUAAGGUAGUGAUGCUUUUGGAUGACGAGUCGAUAGCUGUUUUCAAUAUACAACACAAUGCUCUCUAUUCAAUGCAUUCAUCCCAGAAAUCAUUUGAUUAUACAUUGAAUCCAUUGGAUGCCAUAUUUACAGUUACCGAUCAAUUAGGAAAAAUAUCUGUCUAUGACUAUGCCUUUAAUACAAUUGCCAUCAAUUAUGAUAAUCAACAUCAUCAUCAUUUACCAAAUAUACGAUUAAUUAGAUUUCCAAUACUAAUGGAUAGUAAAGGACUAACUAAUUACUAUCUAAAAGAUUCAGAUAAAUCAGAUGAAGCAAUUGCCAGCUUACAGACAAUACCCUGGAACCGAUACAGUGAUAUUGCCUACUAUUGCCUAAACUAUAUAUUCAAUUAUCUAAUCAAACAGCCGUUUAAUGGUAAACGUGAAGCACAAUUGGAGACAACAUUGGCUACAUUUUUAUCGCCAAUUGUAUCAAUUGAUGAUAACGUAUUGAAACAAUAUAACUAUGAAAUACAUUUGUUAGCCAAACGAUAUUUUUAUCAUUUAGUACGCAAUGAUAGCUUAGAUAAGGCCUAUCUGUUAGCUGUUGAUUUAGAUAUUAAAUAUUUGUAUCAUUUAUUAUAUAAAAUUGCCGAUAAACGUAAUAAUCAACGUAUAGCUAGUGCGGCACUUAAUAAAACCCAUAGUUUUGAUACUUUUAACAAUGAAUUUCAUAAAGUGCAGACAGCUUUUAUGCUACAAAUUUGA